GCUCAUCCAGCUCUUCGCUGCAGGAUGUCGUGGUUGUGCCCCCACUUUCCCUGACCUGCGAAAAAGAAAAACUGGUCGAAAAAGAAACCACGAGAACGCGAAAAACGAGUUGCGCCGAUGUAGUCAACACCGAGCUGGGUUGUGAUUCUGCUCUGGGGCCGCGGAAGAGGAUGAUCGCGGAACAACAGACAACGACCGGGGGACAGGGAAUUCGUAGACGGUUGGUCAACAGCGUUACCGGGGAGCCACUUUUCAGCGAUCAUCUCCUUCUACCUGAAGACUCGCCAAAAUCGGAUGUUGACAGGGAGACCCUUCAGUUCGGUGGCGAAAAAGAUAAUCACUUCGCGACUUUCCGCCAAUCUAUUUUUUCGCAGAGUUCAUCUGAAGAGCUACACGGCAGCAACGAGGAUCUCGUACCGUCCGACUUGCCCGCGCGCUGUCCGAAUUCUAGACUGACGUCCGGCUCAUCAUUCUCAUCCUCUUUUGGAAACAAGAUUAAGUCCGAGGAGCGGAAGAUGCACGCUACUUCCUCGUCCAUGUCGCGAACUUCCACGAAGUCCAAAGACGCAGCAGAGCUACGUCCCUCGCAGGCCGAGGCCGAGCGGCCCGAGCACGACGAGCUGCCGGCACCCCCCGGCGGAGUCAGUAACAUGAAGAGUUUCUCCAGUCCCUGUCCAUUCGCAUCUACAGAAGGGUUACUAUUCACCUCUUCGCACGACAAUUUUUGCUUCCGAGAGGAGCAAGGAUUGCCGCGACAACUUGGAGCUGAGAGUCGUGGUGCCGACGAUGUUGAGCGAGGAGAAGAUGUUGAUCCUCGUAAUUCGCAUCGCCUUGUUCCCAGUUCCAGCAGUACGCUAGAGCAGGUGAACAGUGAUCCUCUCCUGCUUCGCACGCCGCCGAAAAUGCAGCCGGUGAUGUCAGUUCUUACCAGUGACGAGGAAGAGGUGGAGUUUUUAUUGAAGCCUCCGGCGGUGUCGGGUUCACAACUUGUGUCGGGGACCAAAGAAAAAAAUCCCGAUAGUUCAUCCGCCUCCCGGACGAGGACAGGUUAUUUCCAAAACGAAGCGAGCAACGAGGUUGCCCGCGGCCACGAAGUAGUAGAUGAAGGCGAGCAGGAGCGAGAGGAAAAUUUGCAGCACAAGCAGGUUUCAGCACCACCAGCAGCAGGUUACAAUUACAACUCAUUCAACACGAAUCCUCACUUCUCUGCGGGCAGUUCUGCGUCGUCCUUAGCAUUGGGUCCCGCGGAGGACAACGGUGGAGCUGGUGCGCAAAGUGGUGGUACUAGCGCGAGCCAAGGCCUCCAACCAAGCACUUCUGCUGCAGGCCAAAUGUUUUCCGGAAGAUAUGACCUGCGCGCUACGAAGAUGGUGCCCAGCAGCAAAACAUCAGCAAGCAUUCGGGCACAAUCGCUGGACCGGGCUGGUGGUCAGGAACACGGCGGCAUUUCUGACAUAAGAAGCAGCACCAAGUACUUGGAAUGGCUGCACAACCGAAACUUGCGGUCUCGUGGCCUCGCGCACCACCACUCAAGCCUCUUUCAUCCUCGGGGGCGGGGGCUGUCGGACAGUAACUCCAUGCGGUGUCAGUCUCUCGACAGAUCAUCCUCCAGGGCCGCGUUGCGGGGACUUGCAACGAAUGUUGGCCAUCAUCUUCAAGGUUCCGGGUCUAGUAGUUCUAGUAACUUUGGUGCUCACCUGCCAUUUUAUCACCAGCAGAAUACAACACUAAACAGCAGCAACCAGCACCAACACAAAAAUCACGGCAGCUUUAGUGGUAAGCAACCUGCUUUCAUCGAGCACGAUCAUUUUUCCCACGGCCAUCCUCGUUCCCUUCUGCACCACGGCCACCAGCUUACGUUACCGUCCUCUUUCCGUGGUCAGCAUCACUUUGCUUCUUCCGCUUUCCGCAACCCCAGCUCCUCCCGAAUUCGGAAUGCGUCGAUAACUUCCAGCAAUGGCAGCCGCAGCAAGAACAACAACGGAACCACAACCGGAGGUGCUGGCGGUGGUCUGUGCAGCCCGGAGCACCGGCCGAAGCGGGCGAAAAAAAGAAGGUCGUUUCUGGACGCGCGGACCGCGGAUCCGGAUAAUGUGUACAAUUUUCUGAAAACGGCAAAAGUAAAGCGCAUGUUCAAGGGCGAGAAAGGAGCGCAUGGACACCACCACAGUGGUCAUCACGGAGCCAGUGGCAAGCACAGCGGGGGGCAUCAUGGGCAUCAUCACCACAGUACGCGCCGCGGGUCGGAUGAGAAUUUGUUGCAUCAGGGAUUUUCGGAAAACAACCCAAAUUUGCAAAGUCACCAGCAUCAUUCGCACGAAACUAGGGAGAAAGAUGCAGCUCAUGGGAAAGGCGACAAACGCAACCAUCAUCAUCAUCAGCAUCAGGACCGCCACCGGCAACAUCAUCAGCGAAAGUCCAGUCCACUGAAUCUGAACACGAUGACUGCGCCCGUUGACACAAAUCCGCUCGUUGAGUAUCCAACCGGCUCGCCCGUCGCAGCGGCUUCUUCAUCUCCUAUGCGGCACCACAAAUCAACAUCUAAGGUUAAGGAUCAUGACAAGCUGCAUAAAGACCACAAGACGUCGCAUCGACACAAGCACGGGAGUAAGGAAAAAGAGAAGCUGCGCGACAACUUGAAGCGGAAGCCGAGCCCCGGAGAUCGUUCGGAGCAAAUGGAGGAAUUUAACCUGACCAGUCCGCCAGCGCCACCGGGCAACAUGACAGCGAACUUGCAGUUUGGCGAGAUCAAAGAUUUUUAUAACCAGGAAAACAAGAUGAACUUUCAUCAGGCCGCUGAAUUCUGCUUACCACAAAUGAGCGUGCGCAGUGUCGACCAGGGCGGUGCUGGGGCCAUCGCGGGGAAGAGGAGCGACGAACCCCUAGUACCUCUCCGCGAUCACGCGUUGCAGUACGGCAGUCAGGGUUCGAACCCGGCGGGCGGGGCUUCGAUGACGCACUAUCACCAGGCACAACUACCAGGUAGCUCCACCGGCGGGGGCCCAGCAUCUGCAGCUCCCAACCUACUCCUCCCAACGUCUCCAACCUUACCGCAGAACUGCGAAUCCAGCUUUCACCUUCCGUCCGCACCGCAGGUUGCCUUGCCGCGAUCUAUCACAGAAGCGACCUACGAGGGGAGCAGCGAUCCCGGUGGGGCUGCUGUUGUGAUGCACGGGGAGCAGCAACUACACAGCCAGAGUCUAUUCCGGCGGUCACAGAGCAUCAGCAAUCCUAACCUCGAGUGCAGUGGUGCGCGAAGCAACAACAAUUCUGCUGGUAGUAGGUCUGGUGGUGCUUAUCUUGCGCAACAUUUAGGUCCGUCGCCGUCCACCGCGGAGAAUAGCAGCUCGACCGGGACGCUUGUCGGCCUUGUCUUACCUCCGCCAAACAAGGGCGACAACACCAGCUUCCGUUGGGACGAACACAAUCAGUCUUCAACAAGAAAAACUACAACUACCCACGAAGCUACUGCUACUUCAAGGGUGCACUUGCCUCCUAUCGUAGUUCCGGGAGGACCGCGGGAGCCUGAUGCUCCAACCGGGUUGCCUGGUGCACCACCAACAUCAACGUUGAAUUCAGGACCUCUAUCCGGAGGUAAACCGCCGGGCUCGGGCAAUCUAGUACCUCGCUGGCCGAGUAUGAGUGACAACCUCGCGGAUUUGGGCUUGGCACGUUUUCCAGUGGACACAACGACCUCGGAAGAGAACACUUCGAGAUCGCCCAGUUUGGUCUGUGUGACUUCGAAGAAAAAUGUACUGGGACCACGGCCCGCACAGCACGACGAGCACGCGCUGCACCUGGAGAAGUAUCCUGGGCGACAAGUGGAUAAACAGGGAAUGGCUAUAUCUUCAAACGAGCAUGAUCAUCAUCGCCACUUUAAUGCUCCAGGAUCGCUUCACCACCACCACCACUACGCUAAGUCCGCUCCGAAUGUGGACGAGAACUUCGACUCUCUCGUCGGCACAGCGCAGCACGAAGCUACACAGCAGCAUGAUCACCACCUCCAUCGUCGUCUCCGAACAACUAACACCAGCAGGAAGACCAGCAACGUCAGCUCGGCCACCGUGACCACCUCCGCUUCGAGAACGAGCCGAAACACAACCAGCACGUCUGCCUCCGCACUAAUGGCCGCGUCGAAAGAGGAGCAGCGAAUCGCGGAGGAAAAGUACCAGGAGGAGAAAUUAGAACUGGAGCACAAAAUCCGCGAUUUGUUUCGGACAAACAAGAUGCUCAGCGAAGAUUUCCAAACAAUUUCCACCUUCAAUUUCUUCUCCCGACUGAGUUUGUCGGGCAUUUUUUCCUCUUGUGCUGGAAAUCGUUCGAAUCAUCAACAUGGAAGUAGCAGCUACAGAGGAGUACAGCAACAGCAAGGAACGACUGCACAGCAGCAAGGAACAACGGGACCUACCGGUUUGAUGAACAACAACUACCAACCUACGCCGGACCAGCAGCAAGACGAAGCCGACAUGGCCGGAACCUCGACCGAGCGUGUGAUGCGUGUGAGUAAGCGGCUGCGGCCGCUGUUUGCCCGAGUGAUGACCGUGGAGUCGCCGACAGUGUACAUUGAUUUGCCGAUCUACGAAUUGGUAGUGUUGUUCAAGCGGCUGCAGGCGUGUUUGACUCUGUUGCUCGACCCAGCGCUGGAACAGCAGCGGGAAAAUCCGAUUUUGGCCUCCGAGCUGUUCGGAAAAAAACCAAAAGUAGUCCGGAAAUUUGGUGAGUUUGGUGGCAGGGGUACAACUUCUGGGGGUAUGAAUCUAAAUAACGUCGAGCAGAAGGUGGAUCACCAUUUUCAACAACAGCAGCCGGAGAAUCUUCAUGGGCAGCUACCCAACAUGAACUACAGCAGCUCCAACAGCUGCGCAGGCAACUCAGCGAUGUUGACCACAGGAACGCUAAACCAUGCUUCUGCUGCUUUCGACAAUUUUCAGCAAACCACGACUACUGCGACGUCGCGAGGAGGUCCUCCUACAACUUCUAUGGGCGUUCAUCUCCCCCCACCAGGUGGUGCUUGUCCACCUUUGGGCAUGUCCACCAAUCUCGCCGGGUCGUAUAGUAAUACACCAGGUGGUGCUGCUCCUGCGGGGCAGCUGGUGCAUCAACCAGGAACAAUUCCUCCACCUCCUCCCAGCGGGCCGCAGAGACUGACCAACGCGGCGCUGCGAUCUUUGCUGGUGCAGCACCACGACCACGGGUCGGUGAAGGAUUUCGAGGACGACGAGGCAUCGAAUGUGAGCACGAACGGUUCGGAAAAGACAACUGUGUUUGUGGAAGACUACGACAUUGAGGAGGAGGACUCGGACGACGCGGGAGUUGUAGAGGCAGAGGAGAGUUGUGCAGCCACGACAAAAGCUACCACUGGUCCUUCCGCGGGUGGUCAUCGAGGUGGACACAACUGCAAGAACGUUCGCAACGCCGCACAGGAGAGUUAUGACAAAUAUGACCAAGAGCGGCAAGAAGAAGAUCGUGAAGGAAACGGUGCGCCAGGAGCGUCUACUUGGGCAGAAUUCCUUCGCAGCUUGUUCUGCUGCACGCGUCGCAGAAAAACGGACCGGAAAACCAAAGGAAACGCACUGCUGAACAAGAUGAACAAAGUUGCAACUUCUACCGCUAGUUAUGGCCAGCUGGAUAGAAGGACGAGCCAUAACGGUAGAAGUACUUCCAAAGCGCCACACGACAACAUUGACAAGUUCUCUUUGGAGUACGAUUUGGAGGCGCAGCGGCCACUACUGCACGAGGAAAAUGACAAAGCCGACGCUGAAGACCUCGACGACCAGGAGAGUUCGUGCUCCUACACACGGUCCACAAGCAACAUUUUUUUCCUGCAAAAGUUGGACAGAAGCAGCUCCAGCACGACCGCGGCGCCCGGCGGGCCGGCCUCGACGUCCGUUCCGACAAGGACGGGUUCGGAGUUGAUGGUUACAAAUGGUGUUGUUUCCUUAACAUCCGGUUCCUCCAACUGUCCACCUGCCGCGUCUGCUUCCCUGUACCCGCUCGCCAACAGCUGCCGCGCGGUAGAGGACACGGUGUAUUUGUACAUCGUGAAGAAGGGGUUUGAGCACAUUUUGCAAAUAUGUCAGGAGUUGAUCGUGUUGUGCGCGGAGUGGCGCCUGUCCUACCAGAUGCACGCGCGGUACUACCGGGAGCAGGGGAUCCCGCAGGACCUGUCCCACGGGCAAAUGUGGCGGCUAUCGUUCUUCGUGAUGAACUUGUCGCUGAUCAUCCGGGAAACGAUCCACUUCGUCCACGAGGUCAUCGCGUUGGUGAUUCCCGAUCAUCUGCCCCGGGUGCAAAUGUACCUGCUCGACGAGUUCACGGAAUUACUGGAGCAGAUCGACCGCUGCCACGAUGUCACGGCGUUUUAGGAAGUGCUGUGGACGCUGAGAAGGUGAAAGAUGAAAGAAGGAACAUACAAUUAGCGACUCCACCAUCCACACCGUCGUGGAUCUUCAACAUCAACAUACAAAAAAUACUAGCGAUUUGGAUGUAUUUUCUCAUAGUGAGUACGUACUGGAGUAAACCCCGCCCUGCGACAUGAACCGCGAGAACUCUCUUUUUCGCAUGUUUUCUAAUCUUUUUGUCCAGCAAAUCUAAUGAAAGAAACUACAAAGAGAUGAAAAGUAUCACGCUGCUCACAGCUUAAAGACUUCACUUCUUAGAUGUACUCGUAAUUUUCUAGAUCUCGGCCUGGUUCCUUUGGAGGUGUCUUUUUGUUUUUCUGCCAUGUCCUAAAAUAACGAAACGCUUUCACGCGUAGAACACGACGCCGGAAAAGAGCGCAAGCGGCAAGCCUUUCACUUGGCAAGUUAU